AUGUUGAAAGUAUUACUAAGACAGCAAUUGCGUCGACAAAUUAGACUCAACUCAUCAGCAACUUUACCUAGGGAUACAGUGACAGUAAUACCCAGCGUGUACGAAUUGACUGAAGCCAAAGACUUAACCCCGGAAACCAGUCAAGACACAUCUUUGAUCAGCUACUUACAAUCAAGACACUUGAUUGAAUCUUUGACCGAUGAUAAAUUGUAUGAUAUAACCACGAGGGACAAUGGUACAAAGUUUAGGCUCUACUGUGGUGCUGACCCAACAGCCCAAAGUUUGCAUUUGGGCAACUUGUUGCCUUUGAUGGUUUUACUCCACUUUAAAAUGAGUGGAAGUGAUGUUUACGGAUUAGUCGGAGGAGCAACUGGCCAAGUUGGUGAUCCUAGUGGAAGGUCAUCUGAAAGAACAGCGUUAAAAGUAAGCGAGGUCGAGAACAAUGUGGGCAAAAUUCAAAAUCAAAUCACUACUUUUCUAUCCAACGGAAUUGAAUAUGCCAAGUCUAGACAGUUCCCCAUGAGUGCAAGCGUCGGCAAAAGUAACAGUGUCAAUAAUGAAGCAUGGUGGAGAGACGUAAAGAUGUUGGACUUUUUGGCAACCUAUGGGCGUCACAUUAGAGUUAGUGCAAUGUUGGCUAGAGAUUCAAUUCUGUCCAGACUAGAGGGCGGUGGUAUUGGAUUCAAUGAGUUUACUUACCAAAUUCUACAAGCAUAUGACUUUUAUCAUUUGUACAAAGCCGAGGGAGUUAAUAUUCAAGUUGGUGGAAAUGAUCAAUGGGGAAACAUCACAGCAGGAAUUGAUCUUAUCUCGAGAUUGAAAAAGCAAGACGAAAAAACAAAGGAAGCGUAUGGUGUAACUGUACCAUUAUUGACAACUUCAUCAGGUGAAAAAUUUGGUAAAUCUGCAGGGAACGCCGUUUUCAUUGACCCGCAUUUAACCACACCAUACCAAUUGUACCAAUUCUUCAUAAACGUGCCAGAUGACUUGGUCAACAAAUUACUUAAGGUGUUUACGUUACUUCCAUUGAAUGUUAUCGAGGGCGAGUUGAUCCCAAAACACCAAAGUGAUCCAGGUUUGCGUAUUGCCCAACGGGUUUUGGCCAGAGAAGUGGUGGAUUUGAUACAUGGAGUGGGUGUAGGUGAUGAGAUGGCCUAUAUUACCGGGUUCUUGUUUCCAACCCCAGACCAACCUUUCAAUGAUCACGUUAAUGCCGACAAGUUGAUUGACAAUUUCAAACGCUCUGGCAUAUUGGUAAAAUAUCCCUUGGGCAAAUGCGAUGACAUAAAAUUGAGCACCUUGAUUGCCAAUAUAACGGGCAAGUCCAAGAGCGAAGUGCGGAGAUUGAUUAGAUCAGGAGGUGUGUAUUUGGGUUUAGAUAGAAACCAAGUGGAAGAUCCCGAGGAUGUUGUGUUAUUUGACAAAGAUAACCACUUGGUUGAUGGUAAGUUGAUGUUGUUGAGAGUUGGAAAACAACAAUACUACGUUGUUGAGUUUGUAUAA